AUGACCUCUUUAUCAGAUCUUCCUCAUUUUAUCAUCAUUUCAGCAGAAUUUAUUACAGGGAUUACAGUAAAUGGAUUUCUUAUAAUCAUCAAUUGUAUUGAAUUUAUCCAAAGCAGAAAGCUAACACCAGUGCAACUCCUUUUAACAUGUAUAGGGAUGUCUAGGUUUGGUCUGCAGAUGCUGUUAAUGGUACAAAUUGUUUUUACUGUGUUCUUUCCACUCUAUUAUAAGGAAAACAUUUAUGGUGCAGUGAUAAUAUUCAUUUGGAUAUUUUUUAGCUCUACCAGUCUCUGGUUUGCCACCUGCCUUUCUAUAUUUUAUUGCCUCAAGAUUUCAGGCUUCACCCAGUCCUAUUUUCUUUGGCUGAAAUUCAGGAUCUCAAAGUUAAUGCCUUGGCUGCUUCUGGGAAGCCUGCUGGCCUCCCUGAGCCUUGCAGCUGUGAGUAUCGAAGUAGAUUUCCCUAAAACAGACCACGAUGCCCUCAGGAAUGCCACGCUCAGAAUGACUACACUCAAAAUGAAGCCAAUUAAUGAAGUGCUUUUUGUCAACUUGGCACUCAUAUUUCCUCUAGCUGUAUUCGUGAUGUGCACUUUUAUGAUACUCAUUUCUCUCUACAAACACACUCAUCGAAUGCAAAAGGGACGUGGUUUUAGAAAUGCCAACAUGGAAGUCCAUCUAAACGCCUUAAGGACAGUGGUAUCGUUCCUUUUCUUCUUUCUUUCUUAUUUUGCCGCCUUCAUGGCAAACGCGGCAUUCACGAUUCCUUACAAAAGUCAGCGCUACUUUGUGGUAAAGGAUAUAAUGGGAAUAUAUCCUUCUGGCCAUUCAGUGGUAAUCAUCUUGAGUAAUUCUAAAUUACAAAAGCCAUUCAGGAGACUUCUCUGCCUCAGAAAGAAUCAAUGA